CCUCCUCCUUUCUCCCUCUCCUCGCCUCCUCUUCAACUUGAAGCAGCAUCGUCAACCCUCAACAGCCCUUAAUCUGGCUGGCUGGUAGCUUAAUCUAGCUAGCUAGGCGGUGAACCUGAUAAUGUUCUUGGACUCCGGCAGCUUCUUCUUCAAGUUCAACACCGCCCCCGCGCAAGCGCUUCUCCUCCUCCACAGUAGGAAGAGCUUCUAUUUCUGGAUCUUCCACGUCUUCAACAGACACCCCCUCCUCCUGCUCCAUUGCCAUUAAUCCAAACAAUCGCCGCUAGCUAGCUAGCUCUAGUACUGUCGUCUACGCACACCAGCUGCUCCUAAUCACCUGCCUGAAAUAUUUACCUGGCAGUUGACAUUAUAUUCCAGGUCCGUUAUUAGUGUUGGCCUGUUGGGUCGUCGUCGGCGGCAGCAUUAUUAUGUUUGCUGCUGCUGCGGCCGCCGCCGCUUCUUCUUCCUCCUCUUCCUGUCCGUGAUCGCGUCCCACAUAUAAGUACUCAUCUUUCAGCUCUUUCUUACCAUCCAUAUCCUGGCUAGCUGUUGCUGCCUGAACCAAAACACACACACACACAAAACACGCAAUGGGCGCCAUGACUCUGCCGCCCGGCUUCCGCUUCCACCCGACCGACGACGAGCUCGUGGGCUACUACCUCAAGAGGAAGGUGGACAACCUCAAGAUCGAUCUCGAGGUCAUCCCCGUCGUCCAUCUCUACAAAUCCGAGCCAUGGGAGCUACCAGAGAAGUCGCUUCUGCCGAGGCGUGACCUGGAGUGGUUCUUCUUCUGCCCGCGCGACCGCAAGUACCCGAACGGGUCGCGAACCAACCGCGCCACGUCCACGGGGUACUGGAAGGCCACGGGCAAGGACCGCCGCAUCGCCUGCGACGGCGGCGUCUACGGCCUCCGCAAGACGCUCGUCUUCUACCGCGGCCGCGCCCCGGGCGGCGAGCGCACCGCCUGGGUCAUGCACGAGUACCGCCUCUGCCAGGACCUCGCCCACGGCACUUGCAACUUCAUCGGUGCUUACGCGCUUUGCCGCGUGAUCAAGCGGCACGAGGGCGGGCUGCCGCAGGGCGAGAGCUACGCGAAAGGAGCCGCCGGCAGCGCGAGAUCAGGGCAGAUGAGCAAGGUCUCCAGCAGCUCGUCCCUCGUCAGCAACGACCAGCUCAGCGCGUCGUUCACCCCUCCUCCUACACUGGACGUGGGCACCAUGGCUGGAUCCGGCAACGCGUUCCAGAGCCCCGUUGGGUACGGGUACGGCGUGACGACGACGGCGACGGCGACGGCCACCACUGCGGGGCUGCCGUCGAGCGCACUGGCCACGCCCCUGCUCAUCGUGCCGUCUCCCCACGACACGUUUUCCAUCGGCGGCGACGGCGACUUCCUCCCCGCCGCGGCCGAGUCGCGCGCGUUCGCACGCGCACCUGUUCGACACCGUGGGAAUGGGGAUGGGCGGCGUCUCGGAGCAGGAGCUGAAAUGGGACAGCUUCGCCUGCCCAAGCACGUUCUCGAGUGGUGCCGACAUGGCGGCGGCGAGUCCGGCGACGCUGUGCCGGCAGGCGAGCGACGGCUUCGACGACCUGCUGGCGGCCUUCUUCUUCUCGGAUGACAACAGGAUCGUCUUCUGAACCCAAUGCACAGCACAGGGGUAAAUGCUGCUCUGAUCAACUCAAGAUGUUCAUACUGGGAAAUAAAAAGUGACCUCUGCUCUCCCAGAAAUGGCGAUUAUAUUUUUCACAGCCAGGGAAAGGGAGAUACUACGUACUGGGGAGUUCACUCGUGUUGGCUACAGACAGAGUGAUGGCAUUUUAUUUACCGUGCGGUCUUCUCUGUAGCACUGGUGCUGUGUACGACGGCCGUGUGUCACUUCUUCCUGAAUUCUCAUGCGUGUGUCAUUUGCACCACCACCUACUACUAGUUACAUGUACUAGCAGUAGUACUUGUGUGAUUGACCUGCCCUGUUCUGUAUACGACAGAGCUAAUGCAGUAUUGCCAUGCUUUGUAGCCUUACUAACCAUUCUUAAUUCCAUGGCAUAUCGUGUUAAAGCACACAUGCUGUUCCCAA